AUGUCUUUUGCUCGCCACUUCUUCCGCGAGAUGCGCCCUUUAUUCCGUAUGCUCGAGGAGCCCCUCGGGCGCCCUCCGUCAUAUGGAGGCUUGCACCGCUCAUUUCUCGAAGAUCCCUUCUUCCGCUCCCCUGCUCUUUUGCAGCCCGCCAUCGAUGUCUCCGAGGAAGGCGACAAGUACGUAAUUGAGGCGGAAAUCCCAGGCGUCAAGAAGGAGAACAUCCAGGUUCGUGUCGGCGACAGUGGCCGGAGUGUCACUAUCGAAGGGAAAGCUGUCAGCCGUCAGACCGAGCCCCAACCCACGGACGCACAAGCAAAUUCUAGUUCGUAUGAGGCAGCAGAACCAGUAUCUGGUGAAGGGGCGACAGCUGUGGCCGCUAGGCCUGAACAGACGCAACUCUCCACAGAACGUCUGUUUACUGGCACCUCUUCGUUUUCGCGGACUGUGUAUCUUCCGCGCCCAAUUGAUACAAGCAAUGUCUCGGCUAAGCUGAAUGAUGGGGUCCUUGUCAUCACCGUUUCGAGGGCUGAGGAUCCUGCGACAGUUCAAGUCCCUAUUGAAUGA